AAAAAGCCCAAAUUUUCUACCUUACAAUGCGCCCGAACAGCCGUACCGAUUUCACGGUCGCUAUUAUUUGCGCACUGACAUUGGAAGCCGAGGCUAUCGAAGAGACCUUCGAUGAAGUUUUUGAUCGUUUGAGCAAAGUCUAUGGCAAGCACCCCAAAGACAGAAAUGCAUACAUCAAUGGAAGGAUCGGAGCGCAUAACGUCGUCCUGGCUUACCUGCCAGACAAGGCAAAGCGGACCGCCGCGAGUGUGGCUACCAGCCUUCCGUUUAGUUACCCCAACAUUGGAAUCGGCCUGGUUGUUGGUAUCUGUGGAGGAGCACCACGAUCGCCUAGCAAUGAGCAGAUCUUCCUGGGCGAUGUUGUUAUGAGUGAUGCGGUGGUUGAAUAUGACUCCGGUGUACAGCUUCCAGGAGGUUUCCAGCGUGCGACUGAUAUCAACCUUGUUCCUGGUAGGCCCAGUCGAGAAAUUCGAAAUCUUCUUGCAGGGCUUAGAGCAAUUGGUGGUCGUCGAGAGUUUCAGGACCAGAUAUCGCAGCACCUACACAAGAUCCAACAGCGCAAUGAAAAGUGGCGACGCCCUUGCUUUACUGAUGACAUUGUCUUCAACGCCUCCUAUCAUCAUAAGCAUCAUAAGCUGAUAUCUGCCAAAUGUCCCCAUGUUAGUGGAAACGGGGGGCAUGGCAUAUGCGAAGGUGCAAUGAGCAAAAUCUGCGCCGACCUUGGCUGUGAUGACAAUGAAAUCAGUCGUCGUCGACACCACACAGAGCUGGAUAGCAUGUCUAUCCAUAUCGGCGCAAUUGCAUCUGCUGAUACGGAGAUGAGAUCUGGAGAGCAUCGUGACCGCUUAGUGUCCUCAGAACGAGUGAUUGGUUUUGAAACGAUAGGGGCCGGUGUAUGGGACAUUUUCCCAUGUAUCAUUAUCAAAGGAGUGUGUGACUAUGCGGAUAGCCACAAGAACAAUACAUGGCAAGCAUAUGCUGCGGCAACGGGUUCUUGCGCGGCCAAGUCUUUUCUGGAGUACUGGAGGCCUGUUGCAACAGGACCUUAG